AUGGGUCUUUUUAGCAAAGAAGAAAAGGUGGUUGAUCCACCCAACAAGACGAAAAGAAAGAUUUGCUGGGAUGCAAGAGACAAGUUCUUUGACUGCCUUGUGAAGAAUAAUAUCGAUAACUCCUUAGAUCCAAAGAAGAAGGAUGAGGUCGAAACCAAGUGUGGAACCGAAAGAGCAGUCUUCGAAGACAGCUGUGUUGCUUCUUGGUAUAAAUACUUUCAAGAAAAGAGAUACAAUGAUAUCCGCAGACAGAAAUAUAUCGAACAGCUAGAAGCUGAAGGAGCAAAGCCCUUACCAAUCAAGUUAUCCGGAAAGUAA